AUGGAGGCCGAGGCAGAGGCUGAGGCGCUGCGACUGCGAGGAGAGGCCGAGGCGUUCGCCAUUGAGGCCAAAGCGAAGGCAGAAGCGGAACAAAUGGCCAAAAAGGCGAACGCAUACAAGGAGUACGAGUCGGCCGCCAAAAUCGAUAUGAUUUUGGAAACUCUGCCUAAGAUUGCCGCUGAAGUGGCCGCACCGUUAGCUCAAUGCAAUAAAGUGGUUAUGGUUAGCAAUGGCGACGGUGAGGUGGGCGCCGGCAAACUGACGGGUGAAGUGCUCGACAUCAUCACUAAAGUCCAUAUGGCUGUCUCCCAACUCACUGGAAGCAGUCCUUUGGCUAACACACCAGCCUCGCUGUUGGCCGGGAAGCCCGUGGCUUCAAAGUAGGCGCUCUUUGACUACUCAUAUACUAAGUUAUACUCUGUAUUAGUUCGCUAACAGAAUACUAAUUCUUAUGAUAAUUCUUAUGACAUAUAAUUUAUGGCAAACUAAAGCUAUUUUCAUCCAUUGAAUUCGUCAACUGCCGGAUCCUUUCGACUCAAGUCGUGACACCACUCACACGACUUCCUACUGACCCCCUACUGACCCACUGUUCGCCUCUCAAUACAGCUAUUAUUUUUGGCAAUUCAUUCAAUGUUUAUCAUAAGAAUUGCUUUUAUUUACUCCUGUGUUAUAUUCAUAUCAGUUAAUAACCCCGAUUAUUAUUAUUUGCUUUAUUUAUAUACCAGAUCAUUUAUUUACAACGUAUAAUUGUGACCAUUAUAUUAAAAGUCAAUCAUUUAAUUACAGUACAUUUUUUUGUUUGAUAAACAAAAUCUAGGAUAACUUAUACCAUAUUAAACAUACAUAAGAAUAUGCUUGCACAUAUGCACAUAUUAUGUAUGAUAGGGUGACAUUGGUCAAUUGCAGCAUAAUGAUAUUGUUAAUUCUACAAUAUACG